AUGGGGGCUGCUGCUUUGGCAAUUUUCUUGGCUGGAGUCCUCCCAGCGCUUGCACAUCCUGAGGUUUUGACCCCGGAGAAGGCAAAGCGCGAAGCCAGCAUGAUUGGACGUUCGACGGGCAAAUGCGCGGCUGCCAUCGAAGCACGCAAGGCAGAUGUCAUUGCCAAAAGAUCACAGAGGCUGAUUGAGCGCCGUGUUGAAAGCGGAAGCUUGAAGCAGUCGGAUCUCAGCAAGCGCAAUGAGCUCAAGUACACCACGAUUCAGAAUGAUACAUGCGUCCUAGCUCCGGACACAGUUUGGGGGCCCUACGGUAUCGAUGGUGAGAUCAUUCGCCAUGAUCUUCGAGAAAUCUCUUCUGGUCAAUCAGGUCUCGACUUCUAUCUCGACAUUGGUGUCAUCGAUAUUGAGACUUGCGAGCCGUUGCCCAAUGCAGCGCUGACUAUCUGGAACUGCAACUCCACUGGAACGUACUCCGGCUUCACCGGUAUCGACCCUGACACCGCUUCGAUCGCAGAUGGCUGGAGCACUCGAAGUGACGGUACCACUGAUGAUGAGACUUUCCUUCGUGGCAUCCAGAUCACGGACGAGGAGGGAAUGGCAGAAUUUUUGACCCUGUUCCCUGGAUACUACACUUCCCGUACGACUCACGUUCACGUCACGGUCCAAACCAAUAUCACCAAUGGUACCAGCUACUCUUCUAGUGCAGUGCAACAUAUUGGACAGCUUUUCUUUAACGAAUCUUUGAUCAACUCGGUCUACGAACUUGCUCCCUACGCUGAUCACUUGGCCACUCUUAACCGAACGACCAAUGACGAAGACAAACUUUUCGCAACGGCAACAUCCGAAGGUUACAGCGCAGUUGUCAGUGUCGAUCAGAUUGGUGAUUCACUAGCUGACGGCCUGGUGGGAUAUAUCACUAUUGGAGUGAACGUAUCGGCUGAGGGUUUGACCACUACCGGAGGAAGUGUCAAUGUUAUCGGCUCUCUACCGACUGUCUCGGUGGCUUCGAGCAAGUAUGCAGAGGCCUCUGCCGUGGACAUUGCUGAUGGAUACACAUCGUAG